UGGGGGCUCUUUGGAGCUGUCGUUUACGUGGAAGUCGUGAGCCAUUUUGAACCGCUUCAAGGAGUAGACGCUGCUAGCAAUGAGCUCCCAAAGCCAUCCAGAUGGACUUUCUGGCCGAGACCAGCCCGUGGAGCUGCUGAACCCUGCCCGCGUGAACCACAUGCCCAGCACAGUGGAUGUGGCCUCCGCACUGCCUCUGCAGGUCGCUCCCCCGGCGGCGCCCAUGGACCUCCGCCUGGACCACCAGUUUGCGCUGCCCGUGGCGGAGCCCACCCUCCGGGAGCAGCAGCUGCAACAAGAGCUGCUGGCCCUCAAGCAGAAGCAGCAGCUCCAGAGGCAGAUCCUCAUCGCCGAGUUCCAGAGGCAGCACGAGCAGCUCUCCCGGCAGCACGAGGCCCAGCUGCACGAGCACAUAAAACAUCAGCAGGAGCUGCUGGCCAUGAAGCAUCAGCAGGAGCUGCUGGAGCACCAGCGGAAGCUGGAACGGCACCGCCGGGAGCAGGACCUGGAGAAGCAGCACCGGGAGCAGAAGCUGCAGCAGCUCAAGAACAAGGAGAAAGGCAAAGAGAGUGCAGUGGCCAGCACAGAAGUGAAGAUGAAGUUGCAAGAGUUUGUCCUCAAUAAAAAGAAGGCGCUGGCCCACCGGAACCUCAACCACUGCAUUUCCAGCGACCCUCGCUACUGGUAUGGGAAAACACAGCACAGUUCGCUUGACCAGAGCUCCCCGCCCCAGAGCGGGGUGUCGGCCUCCUACAACCACCCGGUCCUGGGAAUGUACGACAGCAAAGAUGACUUCCCGCUCAGAAAAACAGCUUCUGAACCCAAUUUGAAAUUACGGUCCAGGCUGAAGCAGAAGGUGGCCGAACGGCGGAGCAGCCCCCUGCUACGCAGAAAAGAUGGGCCAGUGGUUACAGCUCUGAAGAAGCGUCCGCUGGAUGUCACAGACUCGGCGUGCAGCAGUGCCCCUGGCUCUGCGCCCAGCUCCCCCAACAACAGCUCCGGGAACGUCAGUACAGAGAAUGGGAUCGCGCCCGCCGUCGCCAGCAUCCCGGCCGAGACCGGCUUGGCGCACAGACUUGUGACUCGAGAAGGCUCCGUGGCGCCACUCCCCCUCUACACGUCACCAUCCUUGCCCAACAUCACGCUGGGGCUGCCUGCCACCGGGCCGUCCGCUGGGGCGGCCGGCCAGCAGGAAGCCGAGAGACUGGCUCUCCCCGCCCUCCAGCAGCGGAUCUCCCUGUUCCCCGGCACCCACCUCACUCCCUACCUGAGCACGGCGCCCCUGGAGCGCGAUGGCGGGGCUGCGCACAGCCCCCUCCUGCAGCACAUGGUCCUCCUGGAGCAGCCGCCUGCGCAGACGCCCCUGGUCACAGGCCUGGGCGCGCUGCCCCUGCACGCGCAGCCUCUGGUGGGCGCGGACCGCGUGUCCCCGUCCAUGCACAAGCUGCGGCAGCACCGCCCGCUUGGGCGCACCCAGUCGGCCCCGCUGCCCCAGAACGCGCCGGCCCUGCAGCACCUGGUGAUCCAGCAGCAGCACCAGCAGUUCCUGGAGAAGCACAAGCAGCACUUCCAGCAGCAGCUGCACAUGAACAAGAUUAUCCCCAAACAGAGCGAGCCGGCCCGGCAGCCCGAGAGCCACCCCGAGGAGACCGAGGAGGAACUUCGUGAGCACCAGGCCCUCCUGGAGGAGCCCUACCUGGACCGGCGGUCGUGGCAGAAGGAGGCGCACGCACUGGCCGGAGUGCAGGUGAAGCAGGAGCCCAUCGAGAGCGACGACGAGGAGGCGGAGCCCCCGCGGGGCGUGGAGGCCGGCCAGCGCCAGCCCACAGAGCAGGAGUUGCUCUUCACACAGCAAGCCCUUCUCCUGGAGCAGCAGCGGAUCCACCAGCUGAGGAACUACCAGGCGUCCAUGGAGGCCGCCGGCAUCCCCGUGUCCUUCGGCGGCCACCGGCCUCUGUCCCGGGCGCAGUCCUCCCCGGCGUCUGCCACCUUCCCCAUGUCUGUGCAGGAGCCCCCCACCAAACCGAGGUUCACCACAGGCCUCGUGUACGACACAUUGAUGCUGAAGCACCAGUGUACCUGUGGGAACACCAACAGCCACCCCGAGCACGCCGGCAGGAUCCAGAGCAUCUGGUCUCGGCUGCAGGAGACCGGCCUCCGAGGCAAAUGUGAGUGCAUCCGCGGACGGAAGGCCACGCUGGAAGAACUGCAGGCCGUGCACUCGGAGGCACACACGCUGCUGUACGGCACAAACCCCCUCAACAGGCAGAAACUGGACAGUAAGAAACUUCUAGGCUCGCUGACAUCGGUGUUCGUCAGGCUGCCCUGUGGGGGUGUCGGGGUGGACAGCGACACCAUAUGGAACGAGGUGCACUCAUCAGGUGCGGCCCGCCUGGCCGUGGGCUGCGUGAUCGAGCUGGUCUUCAAGGUGGCCACGGGGGAGCUGAAGAACGGCUUUGCCGUGGUCCGUCCUCCAGGACAUCACGCGGAGGAGAGCACACCCAUGGGCUUCUGCUACUUUAACUCCGUGGCCAUCGCGGCCAAGCUUCUCCAGCAGAGGCUGGACGUAAGCAAGACCCUCAUAGUGGACUGGGACGUACACCACGGAAACGGGACCCAGCAGGCCUUCUACAACGACCCAAACGUCCUGUACAUCUCCCUUCACCGCUAUGACGAUGGGAACUUCUUCCCGGGCAGUGGGGCUCCGGACGAGGUGGGCACAGGGCCGGGCGUGGGCUUCAACGUCAACAUGGCUUUCACCGGCGGCCUUGACCCCCCCAUGGGAGACGCGGAGUACUUGGCGGCCUUCAGGACCGUGGUCAUGCCCAUCGCGAACGAGUUUGCCCCAGAUGUGGUUCUCGUGUCAUCGGGCUUCGACGCUGUGGAGGGCCACCCCACACCCCUCGGCGGCUACAACCUCUCUGCUAAAUGUUUCGGGUAUCUGACGAAGCAGCUGAUGGGCUUGGCUGGCGGCCGGAUCGUUCUGGCCCUGGAGGGGGGCCACGACCUCACGGCUAUCUGCGAUGCCUCGGAAGCAUGUGUUUCUGCUUUGCUGGGCAACGAGCUUGAUCCUCUCCCAGAGAAGGUCUUACAGCAGAGACCCAACGCUAACGCGGUCCGGUCCAUGGAGAAAGUCAUUGAAAUCCACAGCCAGUAUUGGCGCUCCCUGCCACGUCUCUGCUCCACGGUGGGGCGCUCGCUGGUAGAGGCCCAGAAGUGCGAGAACGAGGAAGCCGAGACCGUCACCGCCAUGGCCUCGCUGUCCGUGGGCGUGAAGCCCGCCGAGAAGAGACCCGACGAGGAGCCCAUGGAGGAGGAGCCGCCGCUGUAGCCUCCCGCGCAGCUGCGGGCCUCUUGUUUGUUUGUCCCGUCUUGAAGCUCCGCCGACAAAGCUCCUGUUUGUGUGCGGCCUGCCCGCGUCCUCUGACCGCGGCUGGAGCGGCAGGGGGAGGCCUCCGCCCACCCGGCCCGGCUCCCCGGCGGGCAGCCCUGCGCGGACCGGGACCCACUGGCAGCCGGGCUCUCGGCUCCCUCGACGGAGGCCGCGGAGGAAGGAAGCCUGUGGCGGCUCGCGGCAGAGCUGCCCGCUCCGUGGCCACGAGGGAAGGAAGACGCAAAUCAAAGAUCUAAUAAUACAAAACAGACUCGAUGAAAACUGGUGCUUACAGUUGAUUAUUACCCACAAUUCCACAGUCUCCGUGUAAACCACUCAACGCAUCCUGUAGCUUCUUUUGUUCAAGAGAACGUUCUCUCGGGCGCCGGCCCGUCCCAGAGCCCAGCGAUGCACCGCGGCGCGUGCGGCGGGGCCUGUGGCGGGGCGGGGGGCCGGGGCGGUGCGUGCGGGGGAAAGCUGGACGCACACCGAAGCGGGAGCCUGCGGGAACUGGCUUUGGUUUCUCCAAGCCAUCGGAAGAUGCGAGUUUGUGCCUUUUUUUUAUUGCUCUGAUGGAUUUUUGUGGCUGGGUUUUCUGACGUCUGAGGAACAAUGCCUUAAGAAAAAAAUAAACAGCAGGAAUUGGUGGGACAGUUUCCUGUGGCUGCGUGCUGGCCCGGGGUGGGGGGCUCUGGGGGCCGCCGGCCUGCAGGCCCGGGUUCGCUUUAGUGCUGUUUAAGAGAAACGGAGGUAGUUCCAGCAAAGUGGCAAAUACUGUUGGGGGUUUUGAAGUCCAACAAAUUUUAAAUGAAUCCAAAGUGUUCUUUUCUCGUACAUCCUAUAACAAUUGAGCAUCUCCAUUUGGUUGUGAAGCAUGUCCUAGGCACACUUCCAGUGUUAUGAUCGGAAUGCUUUUUAUUAAAAGCAAGUAGCAUGAAGUAUUGCUUAAAUUUUAGGUAUAAAUAAAUAUAUAUAUGUAUAAUAUAUAUUCCAAUGUAUUCCAAGCUAAGAAACUUGAUUCUUAUGAAAUCUUGAUAAAAUAUUUAUAAUGCAUUUAUAGAAAGAGUAUAUAUAUAUAAUAAAUGCAGAUCGUAAAGGUCCCUGGCGAAUGAAUGACUUGUGAAUUAGACAUCAAGGUGCUUACGGAAAGGGAUCUCGUUUGAAAUUCACGUAUUUUUGAACUCCAGAUUGGAUAGCUUUCAGAUCGCCAACACGUUCGCCGCUGGGCAGCUACCCAGCAGGUGUGUGCUUUCGUUCCGCUCUUUUCGGACAGGACCCCUCCCGCUCCAAGCCUCCGUGCACAUAUGUACCUAAUGAGUUUUUAUAGCAAAGGAUAUAAAUUUGUUGUUGAUUUUUGUAUGAAUUUUUCACAAAGAGAUCCUGAAUAAGCAUUGUUUUGUGAAUUUUACAUUUUUUCUCACCAUUUAGCAGUUUCCUGAAUGGUAACAAUGUCUAAGAUUUCUUUCUUUCUAACUUCUUGCUUGUACAUUUUUUUUUUAACCUUUAAAGGUUGUGUUUUUUUAUCAUUUUCAUCCUUGUUCAUUUCUGUACAGUGAGCAGUGU